AUGAGCGGUACACAAGGUUGGAGCCAGCAGGCGAGCUCUUUGUCCGCUGGCGCUGGCGCCGCCAGCGCGAGCGCUAGUGGCGGUAACGCUACUACGGAGACGCAUAACAAUGAAAAUGGUAUGAACCAAGCGGUGGAGACUUCUACAGUGGGUUUGACCGGUGGUAAAACCCCAGAAAUGACUAAACAAGAGAUUAAAGUAGAGAGUAAGCCACACGUGACUCUACCUUCUAUAUCAGAUUUGAGCGGUGAGUCCGCUCAUAACGGCAAGGAUGGAUUGACCUCAUCUAAUACACCGUUAAGAUUGCCUUCGGUCCAGUCCACAUAUGGCAGCAAGGCACCCGGCGCUGGUCAAGAAGUGAAUGGCACGAUAAUGGAAAGUACAGUGAACCCUGCACCAGCUCAGGGACGUCAGAAUAGCGUAGGGUUGUCAUUUGCAAGUUUUGACAAUCCUCUUCCUCCACAGCAACAAACCAUUCUUUCUAGUUCCCAUUUUCAAGUGUUGCCACCACACCAACAACAACAGGAACAGCAACAACAAAUGCAACAACAAAUGCAACACGAUGCGUAUUAUAGGCCACUCAAUGUCAAGGAUGCCCUUUCGUAUUUGGAGCAGGUCAAAUAUCAGUUCAAUUCUAGACCGGAUGUUUAUAACCAUUUCCUUGAUAUCAUGAAGGAUUUCAAGUCUCAGGCGAUUGAUACACCUGGAGUCAUCGAUAGAGUUUCUACGUUAUUCAAGGGGUAUCCUGGCUUGAUUCAAGGGUUUAAUACUUUUCUGCCCCAGGGAUAUAGAAUUGAAUGCUCCGCUAAUCCUGAUGAACCUAUUAGAGUCACCACACCAAUGGGUUCAUCAUCUGUAGCAGGAACUAUAGAAAACGCAGUGGCAGGUUUCCCAGCGCAACCACGUAUCCAACAACUUCAACAGUUGGGUCAACAACAGGAACAAUCAUUACCAGAGCAUGUCUUGCCAGGGGUACAGGUUACAACCUCGGCUACCACAACUCCUACCCUCAACAAUCAACAACCACAGCCACAGCCUCGACCUCAAUUACCAGCAGAUUACCAACUACCGUUACAACCUGCCGCUGGACAACAAAGUCAGCUGCCAUCGAAUGAUCAGGGUAAGAAAACUGCUGAUGUAGAGUUCAGCCAGGCGAUCAAUUACGUCAAUAAGAUCAAGAAUAGGUUUGCGGAACAACCAGAUAUCUACAAACACUUCUUGGAAAUUUUACAAACAUAUCAAAGGGAACAAAAACCUAUCAAUGAAGUUUACGCGCAGGUCACUGUAUUAUUCCAAAACGCACCCGACCUGUUGGACGACUUUAAGAAGUUUUUACCGGAUUCUUCACCCUCGGCCAAUCGACAACAACAGCAACCGGGUGUCUUGCAACAACAAUCUCCCGCUUUUGGGUUGAGUGCUUAUUACAAUGAGACAAGUCCCCCUACGUCUCGUCAGAACUUACCACCAUUGGGUAGUUUCUCUCCACCACCAAAUGGUGCAGUUCCUCAUAACUAUUAUCGCGACCAGCAGCCACAGACGCUUGGCUUGCCGCCCGUUGCACAGGUUGAGAACCAUAUCGAUCAGAGAUCGCCACCUCACAUUGCGACUCAAGGGAUCGCCGGUGAACCUAUGCCUGUCUCCAAUUUACGGUCCCAAAUAACUGCACAAAGUCCCUCUGAAUUGGCGCAGCUUCAUCAGCAACAGCAAAUACCGAGUCAGCCGACAGCUAAUAUACCAGAUGGACAAUACCUUGAUAUCGCUGUAAGACCAGAAAUUGAUCUGGAUCCGAGUAUCGUACCAGUGGUACCGGAACCUACCGCACCCAUUGAAGAUAGUCUUACCCUGGUUGAGGAGACAAGUUUUUUCGAUAGGGCCAAAAAGUUUAUUGGUAAUAAACAGAUCUACACUGAGUUCUUGAAGAUCUUGAAUCUUUUCUCUCAGGAUCUCUUGGAUGUUGAUGAGCUAGUGGGUAGAGUGGAACAUUAUCUGGGUGGUAAUAAGGAACUUUUCGUUUGGUUCAAGAAUUUUGUUGGAUUUCAAGACAAACCUAAGCAUAUUGAGAAUAUCGUCCAUGAAAAGCAUCGUCUGGAUCUAGAUCUUUGUGAAGCAUGCGGUCCUAGUUAUAAAAAACUGCCAAAGUCUGACACUUUCAUGCCUUGCUCUGGAAGAGACGAAAUGUGCUGGGCGGUUCUCAAUGAUGAGUGGGUUGGACAUCCCGUUUGGGCAUCUGAGGAUUCCGGAUUCAUCGCACAUCGUAAAAACCAGUACGAAGAAACUUUAUUCAAGAUUGAGGAAGAGAGACACGAGUACGAUUUCUACAUCGAAUCGAACUUGAGAACAAUUCAAACACUCGAGACUAUAGCCAGCAAAAUUGCGAACAUGUCAGAAGAGGAAAAGGCAACUUUCAAGCUACCGCCUGGGUUGGGUCACACAUCUUUGACGAUUUACAAGAAAGUUAUAAGGAAGGUUUACGAUAAAGAGAGAGGUUUUGAAAUUAUCGAUGCUUUGCAUGAAUAUCCAGCGAUUGCUGUCCCAGUAGUUUUAAAGAGAUUAAAGCAAAAGGACGAGGAAUGGAGAAGAGCACAGAGGGAAUGGAACAAAGUUUGGAGAGAGCUGGAACAAAAAGUAUACUACAAGUCUUUGGACCAUCUUGGCCUAACCUUCAAACAGGCAGACAAGAAGUUGCUAACAACCAAGCAGUUGAUCUCCGAAAUAGGCAGUAUAAAGACCGAUCAAACUAACAAGAGGAUGCAUUGGUUGACUCCAAAACCAAAGGAUCAACUAGAUUAUUAUGUUCCUGACAAAAGUGUAUUCUUCGACAUUUUAUCUUUGACAGAUACUUUCAUCAAUCAUAACUCGAGUUACUCCAAUCCUGAUAAAAUAAGACUUAAAGAUCUCUUCAAGAUAUUUGUUUCAUUGUUUUUCUCCAUACCGAUGUAUGAAGUUAAUGAAGCUGUUUCUCGAAGAGGUAACCUUGAUGACGACAAGGAGGAUUCAACUCAAAAAAUGGAGUCUGAUAAUUUGAACAACAGUAAGAGACCUCGUGAAGAUGAAAUAUCACUAUCCGAGGUUCUACAUAGAGCUAAAAACCAGAGAUUCAAGAGUCGUGCGGCUGAUGAAACAUCAGAAGAAAGUGCUGCAGAGCCAGAGCCUGAGUUGAAUGAAGAAGAAGAAACAAUUAGACAGGAAGCCAAAAAGCCAUGGCUGCUAGGUAAUCUUGUCGAAGAAGUCAAUGCCCAAGGUUUAAUUAACAACCGCAAAACUUUCAACAUGUUUGCAAAUACAAACAUCUACGUCUUUUUUCGCCAUUUAACUACUCUCUACGAGAGACUGGAAGAGGUUAAGAAGAUGAAUGAUGCGGUAACAAAGGAAAUUAACAGCAGGAAGGUUGUCCAGUUUGCCAAGGAUUUGAACCUGAUUUCCCAACAGCUCAAGGAGAUGGGCCUGGAUUUUGAGGGUGCAGAUGCUUAUGAACAGUUGCGCCAUUUGUGUAAAAGACUAAUUGAGGGAGAUAUAGAACAUCAAUGGUUCGAGGAGAGUCUUCGCCAAGCGUACAACAACAAGGCAUUUAAGCUUUACACUGUCGACAAAGUUAUUCAAUCACUUGUCAAGCACGCGCAUACUAUCUUGACGGACUCAAAGACAUCCGAAAUAAUGACGUCAUUCGAAAAGGACAGGACACAGAUAAACACCAGCGCCAAAGAUCAGAUAUUAUACCGAUUGCAAGUACGUUCUUACAUGUCAAGCACAGAGAAUAUGUUUCGCAUCGAAUAUAACAAACAGAGCAAAAAUGUCCGUAUUCAGUUCAUUGCUGUUGACGAUUUGACUUUGGCUGAACCACGAUCGCUGGAGGAGAAGUGGAGAUACUAUGUCACUUCAUAUUCGUUGUCCCAUCCAACUGAAGGUAUUUCUCAAGAGGAGCUACAGCUUCCGUUCCUCGAAAAAGUUCUUGAAACAGAGGAGGAUUACGGCAGUGAUGUAGACAACUUCUCAAUAGACAAAUUUUCACCUGAAGGUGUAUCGAAGUCGACUUUGAAGAUCAAGAUCGACCCAGAGACAUAUCUGCUGGACAUUGAGGCGGGAUCUUACGAUGUUUUCUCUAGAAAGUCGGUAAACAGAUUUCCUGUAAUUGUUGAUUCAAAUGACUACACGACUAAGAAAGAGAAGAAAAAGAAUAUGGUUAUUCAGUUUUUGGAGAGUAAGAAAGGUUGGAAAAAAAAUUUGGAUGAUGAUCAAGUGAAAGCUAUACAAGAGAAGUUAGCUCGUGUUAAAGAAAAUGGCUCGUUAGACGAUUUCAACGAGGCAUCUCAGACUCAGCAAGCGAGCGAAAUUAUUGCCCCUUCAAAAGUCGAGCAAAGUAAGGAAUCUACUGUCGCUGAUGUUAAUUCCCUCCCUAAGGAAUUGGUUGAAGCUGAGGACCGGGGAAACGAUACGACAGCAGAUGAAGUUGAUCCUGAAGUUGUUGCCCAUUAA